AUGGCCAUGGAGGCACUGAGCAGCUGCAACCUCAGCCCAACUCCUCACCCCAAAUCACUUUCACGUCUGCUAAAAACACCUCUGAAUACAACCAAAGUUUCUCUAAGUCUGAAAGGGAACUCCCAACUCUCACACCUCAAAAAUGGCAGACCCAAAAAGUUUCGCGACAAGGACGCCUUCCCCAAUUCCAUUCCCAUCCACAACAGAAACCCGUAUGCCAUCUACAGAGACAUACGGAACUUGGCAAGCCAAAACAAGCUCAAGGAGGCUCUCGCCAUAUUGGACUACCUCGACCAGCGUGGCAUCCCCACCAACCCCUCCACUUUCUCCCGUCUCAUCUCCGCCUGCAUGGAAACCAAAUCCAUUGAUGCGGCAAGAGAAGUCCACGCGCACAUCAGGAUAAACGGGCUGGCCGAGAACGAGUUCUUGCAAACGAAGCUCGUGCAGAUGUACGCUGCCUGUGGCUCAAUCGAGGACGCAAGAAAGGUGUUUGAGACUAUGCGUGUUACGAGUGUGUACCCGUGGAAUGCGCUUCUUAGGGGCAGUGUGGUAUUGGGUGGGCGUAACUACCGUGAAGUGAUGGGGUCAUUCUCGGAAAUGCGGGCUUCGGGCGUCGAGCCGAACACUUACAGCUUCUCUUGCCUGAUCAAAAGCUUGGCAGGUAAUAGGGCUCUGUACCAGGGCUUGAAAACUCAUGGAAUGUUGAUAAAGAACGGGUUUCUGGGUAGCUGUAUGGUCAGGACGAGUUUGAUUGACUUGUAUUUCAAGUGCGGCAAGGUUAAGUUGGCUUGUGCUGUUUUUGAGGAAGUUGGGGACAGAGAUGUGGUGAUAUGGGGGGCAAUGAUAGCCGGGUUUGCUCACAAUCGGCUGCAAAGGGAGGCAUUGGAGUACACGAGAUGGAUGGUGAGCGAAGGCGUAUCAGUCAAUUCCGUUAUAUUGAGUACCAUUCUUCCAGUUAUUGGAGAAGUUUCUGCAAGGAAAAUAGGACAGGAGGUUCACGCUUACGUGAUCAAGACCAAAGGGUACUCAGAGCAGCCGUUUAUUCAAUCUGCAUUGCUCGAUAUGUACUGCAAGUGUAAGGACAUGGUUUCGGGAAGAAAGGUGUUUUAUGGGUCUACAAAGAGGAAUGAAGUUUUGUGGACCGCUCUUUUGUCUGGUUAUGUGUUAAAUGGGAGGCUCACACAGGCUCUGAGGUCGAUUGUAUGGAUGCAACAAGAAGGGUUCAAACCUGAUUUUGUGACAGUUGCCACUGUCCUUCCAGUUUGUGGGAAGCUCAAGGCAUUUAAGCAAGGGAAAGAGAUUCACACUUAUGCACUGAAAAAUGGGUUUUUACCGGACAUAUCUGUAGCUACUUCGCUUAUUAUGAUGUACUCAAAAUGUGGUGCCUUGAACUAUAGCGUGAGAGUAUUUGAUUGCAUGGAGCAGAAGAAUGUGAUAUCAUGGACGGCCAUGAUUGAGUGUUACAUGGAGUUCCAAUGCUUGGACAAAGCUGUUUGUGUUUUUCGAGAAAUGCAGUUCUCCAAGUACAGGCCAGAUUCUGUUACAAUUUCUAGGAUGCUGAACGUUUGUGGCAAACUUAAAUUGCAGAGACUGGGGAAGGAACUACAUGGACAGGCUCUGAAACGAGAUUUGUAUUCUGUUCCUUUUGUUUCAGCAGAAAUAAUGAAAAUGUAUGGGAAGUGUGGGGCAUUUGAUAAGGCGAUGUUAGCUUUUGAUGCUGUUCCUGCUAAAGGGUCAAUGACAUGGACUGCCAUUGUCGAGGCUUACGGAUGCAGUGGUAGAUAUGAAGAAGCUAUCCAUCUUUUCAAGAAGAUGGUGUCAGCUGAUUUUACUCCUAAUCAGUACACGCUUGAAGUGAUUCUGAAUAUUUGUGGGGAAGCUGGAUUUGCUGAUGACGCUCUGAGUUUCUUUACUUUAAUGAUUCGGGAAUAUAAAAUUCAAGCAUCUGAAAAACAUUACUCAAGCAUCAUUGAUAUUCUCUCUCGUUCGGGUCGAAUGGAGGAGGCUCAGAGAUUUAUACGAUUGAGAUCAUCCUUGGCUCACUGA